AUGGAUACAUUUUCGAACUCGACGACGAAAGGAGCCAACCCCCGGUGCGGUGAAACAAAUGAUGAAGGGACUACAAAGACAGAAAUUGUCAUACCUGUUAUAGGCCCGACCGGCUCUGGGAAAAGCACGUUCAUCAACGUUGCCUCUAGAGACGCAAACUUGAAAGAGGGCCAUGGCAUGCACCCUUGCACCACAGGGAUUUCCAGAGUUGUGAUCGACACCAUUCCUGACUGUCCCAAGCUGAAGAACUUCCGUUUGGUCCUUCUCGACACUCCCGGAUUUGAUAAUACUUUGGAGAAUGAUUUAGGAACUGCGAAGCUCAUCUCUGAUUGGAAGACUUGCCUCGGCCCGAACGUGAUAUUGGGUGGGGUUUUGUACCUACACGACAUAACGACCAAGCGCGUCACGAACGCCGCACUUCGAAACCUAGGCUUUUUUUCGCGGAUUUUCGGGCAUGACGCUAUCGGCAAGACGAUUUUGGUGACAACAAACUGGGGAGCAUCUGUCCUCGAGGCUUUUGAACGGCGCGAAAUGGAAAUGAAGAGCGAUCACUGGAAAGACCUUCUUGAGAAUGGGGCUGUAGUACACCGAUUCCACCCAGUCUCACUCUCAUCUGCCUGGGACAUCAUCGGCACCCUUCUGCAACGCUUUGACCCCCCCUGCUCGCAUGAUUUCCCCGUGAUAGACAUUGUCAUCCCUAUUUUGGGUCUAACUGGGUCGGGGAAAAGCACGUUGGGGACGUCCCGGAUGCAGUUCGUCAACGUCGCUCUCGGAAGAGACCAAGUGAAUGUUGGGCACAAGGCAAUCGUUUGUACUACCCAGCCUGACCGAGUGGUCGUCGACAGCAAACCCGGUUUGCCCAGCAUGAGCCUGAAGAAGGGUUAUCGAUUGGUUCUAGUCGACACCCCUGGCCUCGAUGAUACCGUGGGGUGUAGUAACGUCGAAAUCAUGCAACAGGUUAAGCAACUUGUCCCAGGUGCCCUCUACCUCUACGAUAUAUCGGUAAAGCGAUACGCCCACGGUGCUCGCCAGAGUCUAGAGUUGUUCUUGUCCCUCUGUUGCAGCGCCGGCAUCAGCAAGGCGAUUUUGGUAACCACGAACUGGGGAUCCGCAACCAUCGAAGAACUUGAGCAACGCGAAGAAUUCAUGAAGACAGAACACUGGAAAUCUAUCCUCGACCAGAAAAUUGAAACGCGGCGAUUCAUGGGGGACUCAGAAUCUGCCUGGGGCAUUAUCAACGCCCUUCUCCAAUGA